UCUCGUACAUACAUACAUAGCUGACGUAUAUAUCAAUCAUUACCAUCAUCACGGUAGUUGUGGGCGUUUUAGAACUAUGUUAGAGUUAGGGGUGGGAGUAGGUACCGUCCGCAUCUGAGUUUUCAGGCCAGUGAGAGCAUUUCUAGCUGAGUUUUCAGGAGCAAGUUUCGUUACAGGCAGAUUGGUGGCAAAUUCACUUCUAAUAGUCAUGGGCCUGUUUGGUGGGCUUGCCCACACCAAGCCUUCUCCUCGAAUCCAAUCUUCAUCAUAUCACCCCGAUAAAACUAGGUUCUUCACCAAUCACCUACGGCGAACUUGAGCUGUUUCCAGCGAACCUCACCCAUCUCUGGCUCAAACCAUGUCAUCUCCGAUCUCUUGUUUCUUUUCUGGACUUCUUCGUCAUAAGUGAUUCUUCUGUGGUCGAUGUCUCCUUCGUCCCCUGUGCUUCUCCUUCAUCGUCUUCGCCGAUUAAGAUCUUGCGUUUUGUUUCGAUUGCCAUAGUGGAUCAAAGAUUGAUACGGCUUUAACCCAAUUGCUGGGAGAAAAAAAAAAAAGCUUGUGAAAUAGGCAAACUCCUUCUCACAGUGAGUUUAUGUUUUCGCAUACUUGCUAUAUGAUAUCGGUUGGGGUCAUCUCCGGGAGUUAAGAAUUUGGCAUAGCUGAGAUUCUAAGCGGCAGUUAUCAAAUAUGGCGUUGUUCCGAGCAUGCUUGAACAGUCCAGUUGGUCCAAAAACAACUCACUUUUGGGGACCUGUUGCAAACUGGGGCUUCGUUGCCGCUGGAUUGGCGGAUAUGAACAAACCUCCAGAAAUGAUUUCUGGCAACAUGACAGCAGCAAUGUGCGUUUAUUCUGCAUUGUUUAUGAGAUUCGCAUGGAUGGUACAGCCUCGCAACUAUCUACUUCUGGCAUGCCAUGUCUCAAAUGAGACUGUCCAACUCUAUCAACUUUCUCGCUGGGCAAGGGGUCAGGGGUACUUUACCCAGAAGAAGUAUGAACCGGCGUCCGAGUAGCUUGCUGCUUCUUUCAUUCCCUUCCCGGUU